AGUGAUUGGGCAGGACAGCGUGAAACGUCCUGAAACAUGCAAACACAGGCAAAUGUGGGGCACGGAGGGGAAGAGGCUGGAGGGCCUUUUGUUAUCAGACAGUGCAUCAACUAGUGGAAGAUCAGAUCAACUCGGAAGAUCCUCUUCAAACCCAAAAAUACCAGGGAUCAAGUCCCACCAACACUGAAUUCUUCCGAGCAACAUGGAGUACACAUUCAGAGCAGUAACUCAGAGCUCGGGGAUUAUUAUCUGGAGAGUUGAGAAAUUGGAGCUGGUUCAAGUCCCAGAGAAAUCCAAUGGGAGCUUUUAUGAUGGUGACUGCUACGUGCUUUUGUCUACCCAGAAGGUGGGCAGCUCUCUGUCUUAUGAUAUCCACUACUGGAUUGGCUCAACGUCCUCUCAGGAUGAACAGGCAGCAGCCGCUGUUUACACCAUACAGCUCGAUGAAUUCUUGGGCUGCACUCCGGUCCAGCAUCGCGAGGUCCAGAACCACGAGUCUGAUGCCUUCAGGGGAUACUUCAAACAAGGAAUAAUCUAUAAGAAAGGUGGCGUUGCAUCAGGUAUGAGGCACACUGAAACCAACUCCUAUGAUGUGAAGAGGCUGCUUCAUGUCAAAGGGAAGAAGAGAGUGAUUGCCAGGGAGGUGGAGAUGAGCUGGAAGAGCUUCAACCUUGGGGAUGUCUUUUUGUUGGACAUUGGAAAAAACAUUGUUCAGUGGAAUGGCCCAAAGUGUAACAAACAGGAAAAGCUUAAAGGGAUGUUGUUAGCCAAAGACAUCCGGGACAGAGAGAGAGGAGGUCGGGCGGAGAUCAGAGUGAUCGAGGGCGAUGCAGAAAGCAACUCCCCUCAGAACAUGGAGGUCCUGAAUAAUGUUCUGGGAGAAAGAACAUCCGGGCUGAAAGACGGACCAUCUGAUGAAGUUGCAGACCAGGAGCAGAAGGCCAAACUCACUCUUUACCAUGUGUCAGAUGCUGAUGGCCAGAUGAAGGUCACAGAAGUUGCCACCAGACCAUUGGUUCAGGAUCUUCUCAACCAUGAUGACUGCUACCUCUUGGACCAGGGAGGGACCAAGAUCUUUGUAUGGAAGGGGAAGAAAGCAAACAAAGCUGAAAGACAGGCUGCGAUGGCCAGAGCUUUGGAGUUCAUCAAGUUCAAAAAGUACCCCAACACGACAAAUGUGGAGACAGUGAAUGACGGAGCAGAGUCGGCUCUCUUCAAGCAGCUGUUCCAGGGGUGGACAGUCAAAGACCAGACUCAGGGUCUGGGCAAAGUACACACGAAAGGGAAAGUGGCCAACAUCACACAGGAGAAAUUUGAUGCUUCUCUGAUGCACGUGAUGCCGGAAAUUGCAGCACAGGCACGAAUGGUGGAUGAUGGCACGGGUCAAGUUGAGGUUUGGAGGAUUGAGAAUCUGGAGCUCGUCCCUGUGGAUCCUAAAAGUUACGGAUACUUCUAUGGAGGAGACUGCUACCUGAUCCUCUACACCUACCUGGUUAACAACAAGCAGUGUUACCUGCUCUACAUCUGGCAAGGGCGUCAUGCAACACAGGAUGAAAUAGCAGCCUCAGCAUUUCAGGCUGUGGAUUUGGAUCAGAAAUAUGGUGGCGUGCCCGUCCAAGUGAGAUUAACCAUGGGCAAAGAACCAAGACACUUUAUGGCAAUGUUCAAGGGUAAAAUGGUCAUCUUUGAGGGAGGCACAUCUAGAAAAGGAACCUCUGACCCAGAGCCUCCAGUCAGACUGUUCCAGGUCCACGGCUCUGACCCAUCCAACACUAAAACCAUUGAGGUUCCAGCCCUGGCAUCCUCUCUCAACUCCAAUGAUGUGUUUCUACUGAAGAGCCAAUCAGGAAUGUUUCUGUGGUGUGGGAAGGGCUCUAGUGGAGAUGAGAGGGCCAUGGCGAAGGAGGUCAACACUGUGAUUGGACAGAACAGCUCAGAGGAGAUUGUCGCAGAGGGCCAGGAGCCCGUUGAAUUCUGGGAAAUCCUUGGAGGCAAAUCUCCAUAUGCUAAUGACAAGAGGCUCCAGCACACGGUUCUAGACCAUCAGCCACGCCUGUUUGAAUGCUUCAAUAAAACAGGCCGUUUCAUCGUCUCUGAGGUGACUCAGUUCACACAGGAUGACCUCAAUGAGGAUGAUGUCAUGUUACUGGACACAUGGGACCAGGUGUUUCUCUGGAUCGGUAAAGAUGCAAACGCGGUUGAGCGCAAAGAAGCCGUGGUCACAAGCCAAGAGUACCUGCACACCCACCCAGGCAACAGAGAUCCAGACACCCCCAUCGUCUCGGUCAAGCAAGGGUUCGAGCCGCCCACCUUCACUGGGUGGUUCACAGCCUGGGAUCCCUCCAAAUGGAGCGGAGGAAAAAGCUACGAGGAGUUGAAGAAAGAGUUGGGAGAUGACGUGUCGCCCGUUCAUGUAACAAGUGAGCAGAACUGUGUUGAAAGUGAGAAAAACUUUGAGUCCUUUCCAGUGGACUCUCUGCUCAACAAGCUCCCUAACGAACUGCCUGAAGGUGUGGACCCAACCAAGAAAGAGAAACACCUCUCGGACUCGGACUUCGACAGCGUGUUUGGGAUCAGCAAAGACGACUUUGCACAGCUGCCGCAGUGGAAACAGCUCAAGAUGAAGAAAGAAAAAGGAAUGUUUUGAUAUUUUAUUGUUUUUUUAGAUUUAAAGCCAGCAAGAGGUCCCGUCUGUCUGUCCCCCUCCCCUAAUUGACUUUCCACUGAAGCCAGUCUUGAUUCUUAAUUAAAUGAAAACGUGUUGUAGCUCUUGUAAUAACAUAAUUUGAAAUCUCAGUCCGACAAUGUAAAAAACUGUAAUGCCUAUUAUCACGGGCGUGGACAAUAACAAUUAAAAGCAGUUUUUUUUUUUAAUUAAGCAAAGAAAUUAAUAUUUGUGCAACUUUCUUUAACUUUGAAAUACCAAAACUUUAACAGCACAGAUUUCUCCUGUAAGUCUGGAUCUACUUUGCCAUCUGUUGGUCAAAUAAUAAUACAGCAUGUCACUUUUGUUUCUACAAACUGUUAAGUAUCUACAGCUGUUCCUCUACAGGUUUCACAGGAAUGGAUUACAAAUCAUCUUAUCCUAUAAUUUGUAUUUUCCCCCCCCCAUGUGAAACAAUUUUAAUAAACAAGUACAUGAAACAA